AUGUCUAAAACCACCGCUGCACGACGGCACAACCCUCUCGAGGACGAUAUCGCGACCUCCGGUGGUCGGCUGCGGACCAAAUCCAUCUCUGGGAAGAGAAAGUUCAGAUCCGACGAGAAUGCUCGAGGCGACGAAUACAUCGACGCUCGGUCGUCGCGGAGAAUCCUAGCCAUUGCACAGGACCUUGCAGACGACGAUGCCGAAGACCAAAGAGCCGCUGCCGCCCAGUCGUUCUUGUCCCCGAACGCAGCGUUUGGCUUCGAUUCGAGAUUUGUGGCAGAGGAUGACGAUGAAGAAGACGGCGGCGUGAGAAAAUCAUACAACGAGGAAGAUGAGGAGUGGAUGCCCGAGGAAGAGGAGACCGCGGUUGACGAGGACGUGGAUCCGGAAGAUAUGGCAGUGUACAAGAAAUUUCUCCAGGCCGGGGAGGAGCUGGCCGAUUUCACACCCUCGAUAGCGAAGCUGACGACAGCGGAUCAACAGCCUGAACGAGAUUCCUCUGGACCGGUAGAAGAAGAGGAAGAAGCAGGCCAUGCCACGAAUCUAACAGAGCUCAUUCUGCGUCGGAUCGCAGAGAAAGAAGCCCUGGAAGCGUCUCGCGAUGACGGGGGCCAACGACAAGUUGCAUUCAUGGGAUCCGGCCCGCCAGACGACGCCGUCGAGCUACCCAUGAAAGUGGUCGAAACCUUCACCAAAGUUGGCCAGCUUCUCACUCGCUACAAGUCUGGACCUCUCCCGAAACCAUUCAAAGUACUUCCGACCCUCCCACAAUGGCCGGAGUUAUUGUCCAUUACACGGCCCGAAAAUUGGACUCCCCACGCAGUGUAUCGAGCGACGAAAAUCUUCAUUUCGGCCCCUGCUGCCACAGGGCAACAUUUCUGUGAGACGGUGCUCCUCGACCGCGUCCGGGACGACAUCCAAGAGACGAAGAAACUCAACGUGCAUCUGUACAACGCCCUCAAGGCCACCUUUUAUCGACCCUCUGCCUUCUUCAAGGGCUUUCUAUUCCCGCUGGUCCAGUCGGGCUGCACACUGCGUGAAGCACACAUCGUGUCGUCCGUGCUGGCCAAGAUCAAGAUCCCCGUCCUGCACUCAGCGGCCGCCCUGUUGCGACUGUGCGAGAUCUCGGCCGAACAAACGUCGAACGUCAACAGCGAAGCCGCCGGCGCCGCGAACAUGUUCAUCCGUGUCCUCCUGGGUAAGAAAUACGCUCUGCCGUACAAGGUCGUCGACGCCCUCGUGUUUCACUUCCUCCGUUUUCGAGCCUCCAAAGAUCCCAGCGAUACGGACGCAGGCUUGGGCUCCAAGGAGGCCAAGCUGCCGGUCCUAUGGCAUCAGAGCCUGCUUGUCUUCGCGCAGACCUACCGGAAUGAAAUCACAGAGGAUCAGCGCGAGGCGUUGCUGGACCUGCUGCUCGUGAGGGGUCACAGGGAGAUCGGGCCGGAGGUUCGACGCGAGCUGGUGGCGGGCAGGAAUCGGGGCGGCGCCGCCCAGGAUGAUGCUGAUAUGGCUGUCGACCAAGAAGCAAGAGAUGACGGGGACGACACCAUGGACGUCACGCUAUAA